AUGGACACGACAGAAAGGAACAGCCAUCCACAGCAUCAUCACCACCACCACCAACAGCAGCAGCAGCAGCAGCAGCAGCAGCAGCAGCAGCAGCAGCAGCAGCAGCAGCAGCAGCAGCAGCAGCAGCAACAACAGCAGCGGCAGAGCGCUGACCCCAGCACAGCACCGAUCAAUUCAGCAGCAGACGCAGCAGUAUUGGCGGCGGAGCGGGCUCUGGCGGCGGCGCGCGGCACGGUGGCGGUGCUGGCCGGGUUUGACCAGCAGGCCUCAAGCCGCAGCACCAGCUACGGCCAAACAGCUGCGGCAGCCACGCACAGCGAGGAGGCCGUCAACGGCUUUGGCGGUGGGAACGGUGCCUAUGGUGCAAACGGCGCCGGGCCCACGAUUGGCAUCGUCCGCCGCGCGGCGCGCCGCGGCGCUCGUGGGGGCGACCAGGCGACCUCCUUUGCCAGCGGCGGCAAUGCUGGCGCAGGCGGCUACAGCGGUGGCGGCGGUUACGGUGGAAGCGGCGGCGGUGGCGGAAGCGUGUUUAGCGGCGGCGGCGGCUAUGGGUAUGGGGUGCAGCCAAUUGGUCCGCUGGGUUUUGCACCCAGCGAGCGGACGGGUGGCAAGCAGGGCAAGGGCCUGCGGCACUUCAGCAUGAAGGUGUGUGAGAAGGUGGAGUCCAAGGGCACCACGACGUACAACGAGGUGGCGGACGAGCUGGUGGCGGAGAUGAAGGGCAGCCAGCUGGAGGACGGGGUGGUGUACGACGAGAAGAACAUCCGGCGCCGUGUGUACGACGCCAUCAACGUGCUCAUGGCUCUUGAUGUCAUCCUCAAGGACAAAAAGGCCAUCAUAUGGCGCGGCUUUCACGCGGACGCCACUGGCGUCCUCGCCGGCCCUGGCCCCUCUUCCUGCGCCCCGGGUGCCGGCCGCGCCUCGAGCGGCAGCGCGGCUGCUCUCUCACGCGCACAAGAGGCACGGUCGGGGGCGGCCGCCGCUGUGGAGCGCAAGGCGGCCUACCUGGCCGACCUCGUGGAGCAGCAGAGGGCCCUGCGCGCACUGAUGGCACGUAACGCGGCGUCCCCCGUGGCGCCGACUGGGACGCAGCUGGAGCUGCCCUUCCUGCUGGUUCAGGCUAAGCCUGACGCAACGGUUGAGGUCCAGAUCAGCGACGACAUGCGGGACGUGCAGUUCGACUUCAUGCACUCACCCUUCCAGAUCCACGACGAUGCGUUCGUGCUGCGUAUGAUAGCCGAGGAAAACAGGAAGGGCUUUGCCGUGGAGGCGGCGGCGGAGGCUGCGGCCGCAGCUCUGGCGCUCGCGGGCGGCCAGGGCGAGAGGGCGCAGUCUCACUCGCAAGGGGGACCCUUUGGCAGCGGCUAG